ACAUGCCGAAAUGUAAAAAAGACUUUGUAUUGUCAACGAUCGACGAGAACCAUUUGGCUCAUUUGGCAAAAACACGCCUAGUUUUCCUCUUUUGAUGAACUUCGUGCUUGCGAACCAAACUCCCCCUCGGCUUUGAACGUACUGUUUAUCGUUUGGCUUCAUUGCCAUUUGUAUCGAGACUAUUGGCUAAACGGCAAAUGCGCGGUCGCUGAUGGCGUCGCGGUGCCGGCGAGGCGGGUUCACUUCCCACUCGGUGAAUGCGAACGCGAGCGGUUGUCCGCGGCUAACCGGCAAACCGGUUCAGGGUGUAGUCCGCCUUACACCCGAAGUCAGCUGGGAUUUCUUAUUUCUGUUAGAAAUACUAAUGACUGACAUGUCGCAAGAAAAACAAACCAUUUUCAUUUGAAGCGUUUCGACUGACACGAACGGCCUACAAGAGGAGUUCCCGAUUCCAAUGUUCCCAGAAUGCCGCGCGUGGGUUGUUUGCUUGUGAUUGGCCCCCGACCAGGAAGCGAAGAGUCUGUUCCGUCUCUCCUCUUGCUCCUUUUUCCACGUCAAUUGAGUCGUUUUGUUUGAUUCUUUCCAAUGGAACAUUGGAAAAUGUCCCCCCAAACGGCCUUGCGCUUGGCUUUGCUGUCUUUUGUUGUCCUGCUCGAGGCGCAAAGGCGAACGCACGAACAAGACGGCGGCGGCGGCGGCGGCGACGGCGACGGCGGCGACGGCGACGGCGACGGCGGCUGGUCGCGUGGGUCCCACUUGAGCGUAGAUGACGAAGGUCCGUGUAACAUGGACGUGUUGGACGGGUCUUCGCUCUCACUUCGUCGCUUCCUGGACAGUUACGCGUACAGCAGGCCGGCGGUCAUCACGGGACUCACGGAUAACGCCAAAUUCCGCUCUUUGUGCUCCAAGCAGAAUUUACUUCGCGAAUACGGCGAUCGGCAAGUUCGUCUGAGUACGGCCAACACGUAUUCGUACAAGAAAGCGGACGUGCCGUUCCGGCACUAUGUGGACGUCCUCCUCGGACCGCAGUCGCCCGACGUCCUCGGCAGCGACACGCUGUAUAUGUUCGGCGACAACAACGUGAGCGAGUGGCGCAACCUUCUGGACUUUUACCGGCCACCGCCGUUCUUGCUGCCCGGCACCGGCCGAGCGUUAAGCUUCGGCGUCGCAGGUCCGGGAACCGGCGUCCCCUUCCACUGGCACGGACCGGGAUACUCGGAGGUCAUCUACGGGAGGAAGCGCUGGUUCCUGUACCCGCCGGAUGAGGAGCCGCCCUUUCACCCCAACGCCAGCACCCUGGCGUGGCUGAGGGACGUGUACCCGCGGCUGCCCCCGCGCCAAGCCCCGCUCCAGUGCACCGUGCGACCCGGACAGGUUCUUUACUUCCCCACGCGCUGGUGGCACGCCACGCUCAACCUGGAUGCCGGCGUCUUCAUCUCAACCUUCCUGGGAUGAGGAUGAAGAGCGCACACUCCAGCACCUCAGUCAUCAACUGAUGACCUCUGACCUUUUUGUGACUUUAUUUGAUGCUGCGUUUUCCUGCUCGGAAGACUCGGCAACAACAAAAGUGGACUUUUUUUCCUCUGCUCUUGUGAAAGGAAUAAAGUGCGUCAAAAGCAAA